UGGGUGGUUGUCAUUUUGCCAGGAUUCCUUACGAUGGCAGUUACCAUGUGACCCUGUGGGAGCGCCUGGCUGACCAGUAAUUGUCCAGUUUGUCCAAUCUUCAUUUUGGACCACUGAAAAGAAGAAGAGGACCCCCAAAUUCUCACUCAUUGUGUACACCUUCGGAUAGACACUACAACAAUAGAACACCUAUCUGACCUUGGUCAUGUGGCCUUAAGUGGCGGUACUGUUACUGACUUCUGUAAAUAGGAACUAGUGCCGCGCUGCUGUCUGUACGAAGGUAUCUACGGACUUGUAUUGUAAUGAAACUAUGAAGUGCUCUCUCACUUUAAUCCCCUUAACGCUGGCUGCGUGGUGUUAUGCAGAAUUUCCACCACGGAUCGUCGAAGUCAGUUUGGACGAGCCACCGAAAGAAAGAUGGGCACCGCUGAUGAAAAUGAUUAACGUGAGCUAUUUCAGAGAGAUUGUGCCUCAGAUCAUUGACCAGUUCAGGCAAGGUGAAGCAGAAAAGUUACAUCCAGACAUCAAACCUGAGCUAGAAGACUUGGAAGCUUACAUGCCACGGCAGUAUGCAGGAGAAAUCCAGGGACUGGCCUCCCUAUCUGGAGUUAACAUCACUGACAUCAUCCUCCUGAACUUUGCCUAUGAAUUGACAGCGUUUUGCACGAGUAUUGUCGCACAGGACACAAAUGGCCGUAUCUACCAUGGGAGGAACUUGGACAAGCCAUUUAAUAAUAAUAACGAAUCAUCAUCAUUAUUUGUGAAGGCUGCGAGAAAACUCACAGUUGAUAUUCUAUUUAUGAGAGAUGGAAAGGUGGCCUAUAGAGGGACCUCCUUUGCCGGCUAUAUUGGCCUGUGGACAGGACAAAGUGCAAAUAAAUUCACCAUCUCUGGAAAUCAACGCGAUGAUGGGUUUUCGUUGGAGAAUGUCACCUUAGCCAGCUGGCUCAUCAGAGAGACCCUGGAAGAGGCAGCAAGCUAUAAGGAUGCCUUGGAGCGCUUGUCCAAGGUGCCCAUCAUCACCCAUAUUUACUACAUCGUGGCCGGUGUGCAGCCAGGGGAGGGCGCAGUGGUGACCAGGAAUAGCUCGGGAGAAGCAGACGUGUGGGAGCUUGAUCCUCCCCAUGGACAGUGGUUCAGGGUACAGACCAACUAUGAUCACUGGAAUCCUCCACCAGAUACAGACAAACAUAGAACACCAACCAUCAACGCCUUAAAUGCUACUGGUCAAGAGAACAUUACUUUUGAUUCACUUUUUAAGGUUUUGACAGUAUAUCCAACAUGCGAUGAGACAACGAUUUACACAACAGUGAUGAGCGCUGGCACUCCAGAGAAAUAUUGUACCGUAGUGAGAGAGAAAUGCAUCCAGAUAAAGAUCUGCAGUGAUUCGAAAGGAAUUACAUCUGUAGGCCUAAUAUGUAUAAUUAUAAGUAUAAGUAUAAUUAUAUUUGUUUGCUUAUUUUUAUGGUGUAAGUAUAGGAAUUGAUUUCGCCAGGGAAAUUGUGAGUGUUGGAGUGUUUAAUUUUCCUGUGCGCUUGUACAGUAGCACACAAGCGUGAAGCAGCCUUUUUCACUUUUUGGCUACACCGAGCCCAAGUUUCAGUACAGGCCUGCAACGUACAGUAUAGGAGCGUUGAUUUCAUUUAUUCAAAUCUGCCUUCUGUUGUUUAUUUUAGUUCAUUUAAACCUUUUAAGGACUUUCUCCAUUUUGGGUUAAAAGGACGGAUGAGACUUUGCUCCUGGGUGAAAUUUAUUGUACAAAAUGGUAAAAAUGAGUAAAUAGUUGCAUUUACUUCUCAUUGCAUUCCUGUGUUGUACAGUAUAUGUUCUUUUCGUGUAAAGUGAUGCAUGCAUUUAUGUGUUUUGGGCUUUAAAAAGAAUCGACGGGUAUGAUGUGUGGAGUACAUGUCUGGUAUGGUAAAUGUGUAUGCAUGCUAAGCUAAUUUGGAAGAAUUACUUUAAUAGCUGACAGCUUUAGAAUUAACUGGGUGAGGAGAAGCAUUGAUAUGUAACCCUAAUUAUAAAAAGUACUGAGUAGAAAAGAAUUCAGGGUAGCUCCCUUGUUACUAUUAGUGCACAAAGGGAUGCUACAUAUAUGCUUGUAAGCAAUGAAUUAACCCUAAGUUGACCAAUCAGUACUGCAUGCCUUUUUUCUUCUUAUUCAUGCAGAUUUUGUUAUAGAUUAAAACUGUUACCUUUUAAAGGC